AUGCCCGUGCCGCCGACCGCAGAGGAGUGGGAGAGCUACCGGCCGCUCAUUGCGGAUCUGUACACCCGCCGGACGCUCAAGGACAUCAGGGCGCAGCUCAAGAACGUUCAUGGGUUCCACGCGACGGAGCGUAUGUACAAGGGGAGGUUGAAGUCGUGGGGCAUCGAGAAGAAUAAACGGCAUAAUCGAAGGCCUCCGCCGCCGCCGCCGCCAACGCCGCCAAAAGAGAGCGCGCGUUCUCCUGGUGCCGUAGCGUGUCAGACGAGGCCCACGAUCAUCACAACACCGAGCGACGAUUGCCAACACCGCAAAGAACCGCACGCUCCCAAACCUUCGUCUCAGUCCCCAUUCGCGUUGACCCCAGUUGCAUCGCCCUACCCCAGAGACGACGGGCUAGAGACCCGCUCCACGACCUGCAUCGGCACGCCGCAGUCGUUCCCACCAACGCCAGCGACAACACUGGGGUACAGGUCGCCCAACGGAUACGACCACGGGGACUUGGGCGGGGACCCGGAGGUGCUAUGCAAGGAGAUUGUGAACUGUGCCAUCUCGAUCCUGUCGAACCUAGUCCCUGGACGACCCCCCGGCACCGGCUUCGAGGACUGCACGCCGACGGAUGACCAUCUCGCGAUAUACCGGACGCUGCAGGACAAGCUCAGGUACGAGACCCAGAUCAGGGGAAACUUCGUGAACAUCCCGUCGUCGGCGUCCACCACCGAUUUAAGGCGGGACGUCAAGAUGCUACUCGAUAACUUCCACGAGGCGAUGCCGAUCGGCAUAUUGAGCACCAUCAACCAGUCGCUGGACCACCAUGCCAUCCAGCAACUGGCAAGCUGUCUCGCGACAUCAUCCCAAGAGAUGCCGAGACCGAACUCCGACUUCAUCCGUCUGGCACAAAGUCUUCGACAUCUCCUGGCCGUGACGACGUUUGAGAACUUCCAAGGGCUGAUGGACCGCAUCUGCGAGGAGCUCGAGGGGAAAGUGCUCAAAGUGCUCGGACAACGGAGCCUGGUGACGGUCUAUUUGGUGUUCAUCCUCAACUCCAAGAAGGCGAAGAGCAAACAGCAGCUGGACAACCGGAUCCUGAGCAUGGCGAUGGGGAGAAUGUCCCACGUCAAGGCCCGUUACGGGCACGAGGCUUUGCUGGUCGUGAAGUUCAGCCAAUUCAUCAUCGGCUAUCGCAACCUCGCCAAGCCGGAGGGCCAGUUCGACCAAGACGUUCUCGACAUGGCGGAGGACUGCUACAACCUCUCCGAGCAACACCUGAGAGAGCAAGAAGAGGCCAAGGGGGCCAGCUACGCCGCUAUCACGGACGCCAAGUCGCACUACGGGAAAAGCUGCUCCUUGCUGGCGGACUGCCGGUAUUCCCAGGGCAACGAAUACGCCGGGGAUCGCGCGGAGCUGCACGACUGGUCCCGCAGGCUGCUGUUGAUGGCGAUCGGGUGCCACGUCGACAGCCCGAUGGGCACCCUUCCGUAUUACGAGCGACAGAAGCAGAAGCUAGAGAGGUGGUGCCGCGAGGCAGGCGACACUACGAGGCUACGGCAGCUCGAGGAUAUCGAAGAGCUCAUCCGGGGUAAUGAAGAGCGCCCGAAGGACGGGCCUCUGCUCCCGAGGCUGCAAGCGCUGGGGCUAGGGUCGCAGAUCGGGACCGAAAAAGGGCAACUCGUCGACGGGAAACCCGAUCGGUGA